GGUGCCCUAAAAGGAGAGCACGCGCGAGGCGACCGGUUUUUCAACUUCAGACAGCCAUGACUGCGGCGGUCAGCGGGAGCGGGACUCUUCAACAUCUCAUUGCUGGCGGGAUCGGUGGUACAGUUGCAGCAGCUGCGACCAGCCCAUUGGAGGUCGUGAAAACUCGCCUUCAGUCGUCAGUUAUAGCCUUCCAGCCGACUGCGACUCCCGUUUUGGUAACAAAUUGCAACGCUGGUGCUCUGCAGGCCUCCACGGUAGCAAUGAGACCGGGCAACACGUUCCAGUGUAUGAGACACAUCUUUCAAACGGAGGGACCACGCUCCCUCUUCAAAGGCCUGACGCCCACGCUGAUGGGAGUCGCUCCAGCUCGGGCCAUCUACUUCGCGGCUUACAGCAAAGCAAAGCAGAAAUUCAACUCCGUGUUGAAAGCCGACUCACCUCUUGUUCAUCUCUGCUCGGCAGCUUGCGCCGGAGUAACUCAAGCAACAAUCACUAACCCCAUCUGGAUGGUGCGAACGAGACUACAAUUGGACGCUGCCAGGAUGGAGAAAUUCAAAUUUAGUGCUGUACAGUGCGUUAAAGACAUCUAUACUACAGAAGGCGUUCGAGGCUUUUAUAGAGGACUUAGUGCAUCAUACGCAGGCGUUAGUGAAACUGCCCUUUACUUCAUCAUUUAUGAACAUCUAAAAUCAGAGAUGAGAAAGUCGUCAUAUUCGGACAUCUCACAACAUAGCUUUCAAGUUAAAGAUCUGUUUAUGUUUAUGGGAGCGGCAGCAUGUUCAAAACUAACAGCAACUGCGCUUGCAUAUCCACAUGAAGUGAUAAGAACUCGACUUCGUCAGAAUGAAGGUGUCCAUCGACGGUACCACACGUUUUUUCAGUCAUUAUUGAGAGUAUGGCAGGAAGAAGGUGUUCGAGGUUUAUAUGGUGGACUGGGAACACACUUAAUUAGAGUCAUACCUAACUCGGCCAUAAUGUUUGCCACUUAUGAGAUGAUAGUGCGGUUGUGGAGUCCGUAGAUCCAAAUUUUAGUUAUUUUUGUGCAUAGAGUUGAACGAUCAUUGGAAAAUGAAACUAUGGCUUCAGUGA